UUUGAUGAUGUAGUUGUCAGUACCAAGUAGUGGGAAAAGGCAAACUUUUGACUUCAUUUACUUCUCAUAUGUAUUGGUUUGGAUAGUUCAGUUUGAUCCAGUUUGGUUACAUGAUAAUAUGAUAUUAAUUAUUACACACAACUUGUCGAUCUUGAAUGUAAGUUGUGUUGUAAUGUGUGUGUGUAAGAAAGAAGAUAAAAAUCACGUGGGGAGGCAUGUGGGAGGUUAGGGAGAAGGAUAGGGAGAGGCCUAAAGGAGGUUAAAUGGAUAACAAAAACUUAAAAAUGUUUUAAGAAAACAAAGUGAUGUCUCGUGGAAGCUCUUAUUGCGGAUCUUGCCUCUCUCUCCCCCUUGCUUUACCAUUACUAAUCCCUUUUAAUUAAUAACUACUAUUAUAAUAUGUUUAAGAGAGAGAGGGUGUAUGUGUAUAAAUACACACAACAAGUCGUUCUCGAGCUCCACCAAUCCGAUUCUCUGAUUGGAAGAAGAAGGUUUCCUCUUUUCAAGAAUCGAGUAAACAGAAUAAUAAAAAAUGGCAUCAUGGAAGAAAACAAUAGCAACACCAUUCAAGAAGGCAGCAACACUCUUCAACCAACCGCAGCAAUCGCCACAAAAGGGUUGCGGCCGUGGUGGAAGAAUGGAUGCGAAAGCGAGGGAAGAGCACGAGAGGAGGACUGUACAAGAACUUCAAGGAGAAGUCAUGGCUUGUGGAUACGACGAUGUUCUCGUCAUGUGGUCUAUUCUUGACAAAUCCAACUCCUUCAGUAACCUCACUUCUUAACCCCAAAACCAAAUCCCAAAACAUGGUUUUCUUUUCUCCUGUUGUACAUAUGUUAAAAGCGGUAUUAGCUCGCCAUAGCGAUCACAUCCUUCUCCUCUUCUUACUUAUCCUUUCUUCUUCCUCGGUCGUGGCUUUUUUUUAAAUGGUCUUAUGAUUUUUUUCUCGAUGAAUUAUCGUCGAGGAUUUCGAUGUUACUCUUUUCUCUUUUCAUAAUCCAUGUGAUUAUGUUAUGGUGGGACAUUUUUUGGAGAGGAAAAAAUUGUGUUUCUUGAGUUCUAUAUCAUUUUCUUGAGAUGAUUGGCAUUUUUUUUUCAUGAGUUCUCCAUAAUGUAAAAGCCAUGUAUUGACCGACGUUGCACAUGUAUUAAAUUAUUAAUCAGAAGAAGAAAAGAGAUCCAUUAUUGUGAUUGA